ACUAUAGAUCUGGACAGAAUCUGCAAUCUCGGGCCCAGAUAAAACGUGACGUGCUCAAGAUAGUUGCUGUGAGAGGACGCACCCAGUACUUGUUUCGACCUGCCGUGACAGAAUGUUGGACUUUGUGAUUUUUGCGUUAACAUGUUUUUCUGUUUUGCUUGUUGCUAUAAAAAUGCUCUAUCGGAGCUCGAAGAUGGUCACUACAAUACCUGGCCCUGAUCCGUCUCGUAAAGAAGAUGGCAAUCUCAGUGAUAUCGCUCGUGCAGGCAGUCUGCAUGAGUUUCUUCUCGACCUACAUAGUCAGUUUGGAGACAUUGCUGGUUUCUGGUGGGGACAGACCUAUGUGGUCAGCAUUGCUUCACCUGAACUGUUCAAAGCCCAUGCCAAUACAUUUGACAAACCUGCUGCUCUGCUUGGGCUAUUUGAACCGCUGCUUGGAAGCCAAGCUAUAGUGUAUGCCAAUGUAUCCGAAGCACGGAGGAGGAGAAAGGUUUAUGACCGCCCGUUUUCUCAUGAGAAUCUGAAGAAAUAUUUCCCCGAAUUUCAGGAGAUAGCAGCAAUGGUGGAGAAGAAGUGGUCUUUGAAAACUGAGACUGACUAUGUGCCAGUCGGUGAGGACAUGGAAUUCUUUUCCUUUCGCUCCACUUUGUCAACUUUGAUGGGAGACAGUUUCCAUGACGAGAAAUUGGUGCAGAGUGUCAUUAAAGCAUACAAAACUUUUGGACACAAAUCUGCCUCAAGGUGA